AUGUCUUCGUCUGCCACCUCUCCACGCAAGCUCAAAAUUCUCAUGAUACACGGCUACACCCAAAACGGACCCCUCUUCCACGCAAAAACCCGCGCCCUGGAGAAGAACCUCGACAAAGCCUUCCCCUCGGCCCCCAAACCCGGUUUCCUGCCCUUGUUCCCCGGCGGAGUCGAGCUCGUAUACCCAACCGCCCCCUUGAAGCUGUCUGUAAACGACAUUCCAGGCUACGAUGUUGACGGCGCAACCGACGACACAGACCCAGAAGCCUAUGCCUGGUGGCGCAGAAAAGGCGAUGGCGAGCCCUUCCGCUACGAAGGCUUAGAACAGGGUUUCGCAUCUCUGGCUGCAGUGAUAAAAGAGCAAGGUCCUUUUGACGGUUGCAUAGGUUUCAGCCAGGGUGGUGCAGCAGCAGGCAUGCUAGCAUCAAUUCUCGAAGCCAACCGAAGAGAAGCAUUUGAAAAGCAACAGCCGCACGGUGGAAUGCGCUACCCGGAAAGCUUUGAAAACGAUACUGGAUAUGUUACGGACGUCAUUCAAGAACCACUGAAAUUUGCAGUAAGUUAUAGUGGAUUCAGUGCUGCGCCGAAUGAGCUGUACACUGCAUUCUACGAGCCAAAGAUUCAGACGCCGAUGCUGCACUUUAUUGGUAGUGUGGAUACGGUUGUAGACGAGUCGAGAAGUUUGAGGUUGGUGGAUGCUUGUGUCACGGGCAGAGGUGUUGAGGGUGGUGUGUCGAGGCUUGUGUACCACCCUGGUGGUCACUUUUUGCCCAGCAGUCAGAAACAAUACGUCGCUGCUCUGGUAGCGUUCAUCAGAGAGGUAGUCGGCGGACCACCAGAGGACUCGCUAGAAAACAAAAAGGAAGACAAGGCCGAAGACAUGGACAUGCCCUUCUGA